AGAUCUUGUGAACCCCACAACAGUUCAUCAAAAUUCCUAUUCGGCCAUACUUUACCUUUCCCUCUGCGCUUCUGCAAUCUUUCUACGCCUUUCUGAAGCAAAGCACAUUUUCAAUGGCCCACUUCAACGAACUUGGACAUUGUUUAUUUACUUCCACACCAUGAAAAAGGAAAAACAGCACCAAAAAUCUUGAAUUCGUUUCUCCAUUAUUGUCAGCUCGAAUAAAGCUUUCCUAGCUCCUUAAAUGUCCCUGUCUCUUUCUUAUUUUAGUUCAUAGUCCGGACCCCCCACCGGUUGUUUCUUUCUUGCUAUAUGAACUUUGUUUUCAACUGGGAAGAUGAUUUUUGAGCAUUUGGGACCUGUGAAGUUUUAGUCUUUUUUCUGGGUUUAAUGAGGCUGGGCAGGUGUUGAAGUGACGUUUCUUGAAUUUUUGUGGGGUUGUCAGAGAUGGGUUCUUUCGUUUUGCCGAAGGCGUGGUGGGUGUUGGUGUGUGUGCUGUGCUGCAUUGGUGAUGUGAAGGCUGGUGAAACUGUUGAAGGGAUUGUAUUUGUUGAUGGGAAGAGCCCCAUUGCGAAGACGGAUGAGGAUUUCAUAUGCGCGACGCUGGACUGGUGGCCGCCUGAGAAGUGUGAUUAUGGAACUUGUAGCUGGGGCCACGCUUCUUUGCUGAAUUUGGAUCUUAAGAAUAGUGUUUUCUUGAACGCGGUAAAAGCCUUUUCACCAUUGAAGAUCAGAUUGGGGGGCACUUUACAAGACAAAGUCAUCUAUCAAACUGAGGAUAAACCGGAACCGUGCAUUCCGUUUGCCAAGAACUCCUCGCAGAUGUUUGGUUUCACUGGAGGAUGUCUGCCCUUGGCCAGAUGGGAUGAACUAAAUUCCUUCUUUAAUCAAUCAGGGGCUCUUGUCAUUUUCGGAUUGAACGCUCUUAAGGGAAAAUCGAUACAGCCUAACAAUACUGCUACGGGUCCCUGGGAUUCGUCGAAUGCAGCAUCUCUCAUUCGUUAUACUGUGAGAAAGGGCUAUAACAUUUACGGUUGGGAACUUGGGAAUGAAUUGAGUGGAAGGGGAAUAGGUGUAGGAAUCGAUGUGGAUACGUAUGCCUUUGACACUAUCGUUCUACACGACUUAAUACAUGAUAUUUACAAGGAAGUUAACACAAAACCACAGAUCAUAGCACCUGGAGGAUUCUUUGACCCUGGAUGGUUCCAGCAGUUCCUAGCUAAAACAGUCGGAUCAAUGAAUGUGAUCAGCCACCAUAUAUAUAAUCUUGGCCCAGGAAGUGAUGAGCACCUUAUAGAAAGGAUUCUGAAUCCAUCUGUUCUUGAUAAUGGAGCUGAUGUCUUCAGGAACCUCCACAACAUCAUCAGGACCUCGGAAAACUCAGCUGCCGCCUGGGUUGGUGAAGCUGGGGGGGCUUACAAUAGCGGCCGCAAUGGAGUUACAAACGCUUUUGUGUUUAGUUUCUGGUACCUGGAUCAACUAGGACUGGCAUCAACUUACGAUACCAAGACAUAUUGCAGGCAGACAUUAAUUGGUGGCAACUACGGUUUACUCAAUACCACCACAUUUGCUCCAAAUCCAGAUUACUACAGUGCUCUUCUUUGGCAUCGGUUAAUGGGAACAUAUGUUUUGUCAACCAACUUUACAGGGAAUCGAACGAUCCGUGCUUACGCUCACUGCGCAAAGCAAUCUCAAGGCGUCACCCUACUUCUCAUAAACAUAGACGGGAACACGACUGUCCAUGCAAAAGUCGACUUCAACGGUACAUUGACGCGCCUACGCAAACACAGGCACCACAGGCAUAGAUCAACAGCAACACCGUUGCAUCAUAACAAACAGGUAUCUGGCAAAGUAAGAGAAGAAUACCACUUAACACCAGCGGACGGGAACAUACAGAGCCGGACCAUUUUGCUGAACGGAAAGGCAUUAACAGUUAACUCAUCCGGGCUUAUACCUGUACUAGAGCCUGUGAGGGUGAAUUCAUCGGAGCCCAUAAUGGUCGCUCCUUACUCCAUUGUAUUUGUUCACAUGCCAAAUGCUGCUGUCCCAGCUUGCAGGUAGAGAUACAGAAAAAACAUAAAACUGAUUCAUUUCCCAAUGGUGAUUUGAUCAAAUAAGAACUAGCCAGCAAAGGUUUUCAGUUUUUUGUUCAAUUCUUUCGGUGGAAAAAUGAAGUGUACUUGUGUUUUUCAUGAGUAAUUAAUUGGUGUUUCUACACACAAUUGAUGUAUAGUUCGGAGAGAGUUAUCAAGAAGCAUAUGCAAUUGUAAUUGUCGCAUGAUUGUCGGAUUUAAUUAAAUUUGUGAUUUGAAAAGAAUUU